AUGGGGGAUAUCAAAAUCGACAGCAAGGCGUUCCACGACCGCCUCUCGCGCUUUACCGGCGCCUGGAAGAAUGACUUGCGCUCCAAGGAUGGCGUCUUCAAUGGCGCCUCGUCCAUCGUCGUGAUGAUGGGCAAGGUGGAGGAAGUCCCGGAGCUGCACAAGAACAACGCCAUGCAUUUUUGGCUUCUUGGCUACGAGUUCCCCACGACGAUGAUGCUGCUGACGGCCGACACGAUCUACAUCCUGACAACGGCAAAGAAAGCGAAGCACCUUGAACAACUGAAAGGCGGCCGGUUUCCCCUCGAGGUCCUCGUUCGAGGCAAGGACGCUGCCGAGAACGAGAAGCUGUUUGUCAAGUUGGCAGAUGCCAUCAAGUCCGCAGGCAACAAAGUCGGUACCAUUGCCAAGGACACCUCCAAGGGCCCCUUCAUCGAGGAGUGGAAGAAAGUCUUUGCAGACCAGUGCAAGGAUGUCGAGGAAGUCGAUAUCUCCCAAGCCCUUUCCCAACAUGCGUUUUCGAUCAAGGACGAGACCGAACUGCGAGCCAUGAGAACCGCUUCCAAGGCUUGCGUUGCCUUGAUGACCCCCUUUUUCCUUGAGGAAAUGUCGGACAUUCUCGAUAAGGAAAAGAAGGUCAAGCAUAGCGCUCUGGCGGAUAAGGUUGACAAAAAACUCGACGAUACCAAGUUUUGGAAGACCGUCGAGCUGCCCAACAAGACCAAACUCCCCGCGGAUCUGGAUCCUGCUCAGCUGGAUUGGGUUCUGGGCCCCCUCGUUCAGAGUGGCGGCAAGUACGAUCUGAAGAUGAACUCGGAGAGCAAUGACGAUGUUCUUCACCCUGGCACCAUUGUCGCAGCCAUGGGCCUGCGCUACAAAUCGUACUGCUCGGCUAUUGCCCGCACAUACCUGGUUGAUCCGAACAAGUCGCAAGAGAGCAACUACAAACUCCUCUACAACGUUCACAAUAUGAUUCUCAAGGAGGUACGCGAUGGCGUCGUCAUCAAGGACGUCUACAGCAAGGCCAUUGGCAUGAUCAAGGCCAAGAAACCCGACCUGGAGAAGCACUUCUUGAAGAACGUGGGCUGGGGCGUUGGUCUGGAGAACAGAGAUCCUACCUUGAUUCUCAACGCCAAGAACUCCCGAACCCUAAAGGAUGGCAUGACGCUUGUCAUCACGACCGGACUCAGCGAUAUCGAGAACCCCCAGCCGCAGGACAAGAACAGCAAGAUCUACUCUCUUGUGAUCACCGACACGAUCCGCGUUACGUCGAGCGAAGCCGUUGUUUUCACUGGUGAGACCCCUAUCGACGCGGACUCGAAUUCCUUUUUCUUCAAGGAUGAGGAAGAGGCUCAACCCACGCCGAAGAAGGAGAAGAAGGACUCCCGAGUUGGUGCUGUUGCUACUAAAAACAUCACUUCUACGAGGUUGAGAUCCGAAAGAUCCACACAGGUUGAUGAGGAUGCGGACAAGAAACGGAGGGAGCAUCAGAAGGAGUUGGCUGGAAAGAAACAGAAGGAAGGUCUCGCGCGGUUUUCCGAGUCAACAAGUGGAAAGAACGGCACCGAAGUGAAGAAGUUCAAGCGCUUUGAUUCGUACAAGCGCGACAACCAAUUCCCUCCCAAGGUUCGGGACCUGCAGAUCGUGGUUGACGCGAGGAACGACACUGUUGUGUUGCCUGUCAUGGGCCGCCCCGUCCCUUUCCACAUCAACACUAUCAAGAACGCCAGUAAGAGCGACGAAGGCGAAUGGUCGUUCCUGCGUGUCAACUUCUUGUCGCCUGGUCAAGGUGUCGGACGCAAGGAUGAUCAGCCGUUUGAGGAUGCCUCAGCGCACUUCGUGAGGAGCUUGACCUUCAGGUCGACAGAUGGCGAUCGAUACCAAGAAAUCGCUACCCAGAUCUCAAACAUGAAGCGAGAUGUGAACAAGAAGGAGCAGGAGAAGAAGGAAUUGGAGGACGUUGUCGAGCAGGACAAGCUCGUCGAGAUAAGAAACCGUCGCCCGGCCGUGCUUGAUAACGUCUUCAUUCGCCCCGCGAUGGAGGGCAAGCGAGUUCCUGGAAAGGUGGAAAUCCACCAGAACGGUAUACGCUACCAAUCGCCCUUGAGCACUCAACAACGAGUCGAUAUUCUUUUCUCGAACGUCCGCCAUCUUUUCUUCCAGCCGUGCCAGCACGAGCUGAUUGUCAUCAUCCACAUUCACCUGAAGGAUCCCAUCAUGGUCGCCAACAAGAAGAAAACAAAGGAUGUCCAAUUCUACCGAGAGGCGACGGACAUCCAAUUCGACGAGACAGGUAACCGCAAGAGGAAGUACCGCUACGGUGACGAGGACGAGUUCGAGCAAGAGCAAGAAGAGCGCCGUCGUCGCGCUGAGCUCGAUCGUCUGUUCCAGGGCUUCGCCCAAAAGAUUGCCGAGGCUGGCAAGAACGAAGGCAUCGAGGUGGAUGUGCCCAUCCGAGACCUUGGCUUCCACGGUGUGCCGUUCCGAAGCAACGUGUUCAUCCAGCCUACCACUGAGUGCUUGAUCCAAGUUGUUGAGCCGCCAUUCAUGGUCAUCACGUUGGAUGACAUUGAAGUUGCUCACUUGGAACGUGUGCAAUUCGGUCUCAAGAACUUUGAUCUUGUCUUCGUUUUCAAAGACUUCACCCGCGCACCAUACCACGUCAAUACGAUUCCCGUCGAGUUCUUAGACCACGUCAAGGAGUUCCUGGACUCGUCAGACAUUGCGUACUCGGAGGGUCCGCUCAACCUGAACUGGCCGACCAUCAUGAAGACGGUCACCGCCGAUACCCAUCAGUUCUUCAUUGACGGUGGUUGGUCGUUCCUCCAGGCCGAGUCUGACGACGAAGGCGGCGAUGAAGAGGACGCCGAGAGUGUCUUUGAGCUCGAUGACGAUGAGCUUGACGAGGCAUCCGAAUCUAGUGAAGAGGACUCCGACUUCGGCUCUAACGUAUCCGAUGAGGAAGACGAUGCCGAAAUGAGCGACGAGGACGAGGGCGAAGACUGGGAUGAGCUCGAGGCCAAGGCCAAGAAGCGUGAUCGCGAGAGCAACCUCGAUGAUGACGAGAGUCGCGGUCGCAAGAAGAGGAAGCACUAA